AUAGUGGAAGGUGUCCCUGCCCAUAGAAGGGGGUGGGACAAGGUAUGUUUAUGGAGCACUGGGAUGAUCUCUAAGGUCCCGUCCAGCACAAACCAUUCUAUGAUUGCCUCCAGGCUUUGGAAUUUUCAGUUGAUGUCUACUGCAAAUUGUCCUUUGUGUUGUGGAUCAUUACUAAAGGGCUAGCAUUCUCUUUCUAUUUUAUUCAUUCUAUUUCCCUGCUUUUGUUUUUACCAGAUAUGUUAAAUUUCCAGUGUGCUCUUUCUACAACCCCUGCCUGACUUUUCUAGAGAAGCAUUUCUUCACGUGAUGAGUGUCAGUGAUCUCAGAGAAGGAACUCGGGAGAGUAGGUUUUCCUUGAGCUGAAAACAGGUGCAGAAAGAGGUCCCAAAUUCAGAAUGUCUUCCAAGCAAAUGCAGUUGGUAGUGGCUUGGCUUGUGCAAGUGUGAUAAGAGGCAUUUGGCUGCUACAGUUGAUUCCCACCCACGUCCUUCCCCCAUGAGGCCAGAAGAAUGUUUGAGGGAGAAAUGGCAAGUCUGGAAGCCAUCCUGAAAACACAGACGAUAAAAGUGCCUAAACCCCUCAAAGUUGUAGACCUGCCUGGGGGCAGUACUGCGUUUGUGAUGGAACACUUGGAAAUGGGGGGCUUAAACAGACAUUCAGCACUGCUUGGAACACAGCUGGCUGAUCUUCACCUUCAUAACCAGCAACUUGGAGAGAAGCUGAAGAAAGAAGGGAGCACAGUUGGUAAAGGACAAGGGCAAACAGAAGUCCAGUUUGUGGAUCAGUUUGGCUUUCAUACAGUUACCUGCUGUGGUUACCUUCCACAGGUGAAUGACUGGCAGAGUGACUGGGUGACCUUCUUUGCCAGACAAAGAAUCCAGCCCCAGAUGGACAUGGUCGAAAAGAAAUCAGGAGACAGAGAGGCAAGAGAACUUUGGGCACAGCUUCAGCUGAAGAUACCCAGUUUGUUCUGUAAUGUGGAAAUCGUUCCUGCUCUCCUGCAUGGGGAUCUCUGGGGAGGAAAUGUAGCUGAGGAUGAUUCUGGUCCGAUUAUCUUCGAUCCAGCUUCUUUCUACGGCCAUUCAGAGUACGAGCUUGCAAUAGCUGGGAUGUUUGGUGGCUUCAGCAGUUCUUUUUAUUCUGCUUACCACGGUAAAAUUCCCAAAGCUGCAGGGUUUGAGAAACGCCUAAAGCUUUAUCAGCUGUUCCACUACAUGAACCACUGGAACCAUUUUGGUUCAGGGUACAGAGGGUCUUCUUUAAACAUUAUGAGAAACCUUGUGAAGUAAGUUGCUGCUUAAGCCAAAUACUUCCCAAGUUGUCUGGAGAGCCCCAUAUUUGGUGGUGCAGCUGCAGGAGUAGUGAUGUUACAAACAACCUGUGAUACCCUUGAACUUGUUAAAGACCUAGAGCCAGUGACUCCUGCUGAAUACCAAGUGUAACAUAGUCAUCCCUUUUUAGGAUAGCUGGGGAUAACUCCAUGAGGGAAAAAAAUAAGGAAGGAGUUUAUUCAUUUGCACAGUUGAAUAAAGGUCUCAGUGUCCAGAAAGCAUAUGAGACUGUGCAGGGUAAUACAAAUAAACACCGAGGAGAUGGCUAAAAGAAGUUGCUCCUUGCAUUUUGCUGUGUCUUCCUCCCUCUUUCAGCUCUUCGUGUCCAAUUGUGUGCAUGAGAGCAAUGUUAACAGCAGAGCUUGAAAGUCGACAGGAAAAUUAUAUAACAGGAACUGUGAGAAGGGGUUUGGACUUGCUAUUCAUCUUCACAGAAUGAGAGUGGGUGAGGUUGGGAGUGAUCACAGAAUGUCAUCUAGUCCAACCUCCCUCCCUAAGCAGAUUAUUCAGGAUUGGGUCCAGAGGCUUUUAAAGACCUCCAGUGUUUUGUUGGUUUGGAUGCAGACUGUUGGUGCCUGCUGCAUUGCUGGUAGGCUGUUCAGUGCUUUCUGGUCAGUGAGCUUUUAUCCACAGCAGUUUUACUUACACCAUUACUAGUUCUCUUCCUUUUUUGGAUUAUGCUUUUGCCCAACAGUGUGCAUUCUUAGAGAACUUCCCAGGUACACUUUGCAUGUACACCCCGUGGAGGUGUGUUCUUUAAUGAAAUAAAACCUAUGCAUGCUUCACUAAAGUCACUCAAAAUUCACCUAAUCAUGAAAUGACAUCAGCUGGAACUUUGUCUUUACACACUCUCCAAGAAAACAAUAAAAAUGUAACUUAGAAGGGGAAGGAGGUCAGGGUAGACUACUGGGAUGGCUGACAAGGCUGUACCCCUGUGCUUCCCCAUGGGAAUACCUGUCAGAUAACUUUAUUCCAAGGGGAUACUACUGCUUGUGCUUUCUGAUACUGGUGUGUUUAUCAAUAGUUUAUCAACCUUAUUGUGGCACAAGGAUCAGUAAACCACACUGUUUGUGCCUCUGGGAUUGGGAAUGUGACUGGUGUCAAGGCUGCACCAUUUGUGCAUCCAUGCUUGUGAGAGUUCUGAUGCAGACUUAGAGUGCUGCACUGUUCACUCUAGAAUGUUCUCUGUGAAGGUCUCCCAGGGUCUCAGACACACUAGGAAGGGGACUAUGUUGACACCUCUGGGCCCAGUAUAUCUGUGGAUAGCCUGGAAAGCAAGGGGGUCUUCCUGUCCUAAAUUUUCAUGACAGUCACCACGAAGUGCAUGUCAUAGGUCUUGUGGUAAGAGAUGUGAAACCAAAGGAGGUAAAUGCAUCAUUCAGAGGACAGCACCUCACCAGUGUCAGAAGUCCUUGAUGAUAGUUCCACAGACUAUGGCUUUUGCCUGCAAGGUGUUCGUACUGAAACUGUUCUCUUUUUGAUGUAGGCUGGUAGUGGUGCUUCUGUGCAAGCCUACCAGGUAGGUGAGAGAGAUGCACGAUACCUAACAUGCACUUUGAGUGUUGGGAAAUGACUUUUAUUAACUAAAACUGCUUUUCACUGCAUAUUGGAAGAUUUCUGAGGGUUUUCAAGUUGCUAGUUUGGCAGUUACUUACACAAAUUGGAAACAAGUUUGGAGAAUACUGUUAUUUGCUACAACUCUCCUUCUACUACUUUUCUUACUGGCUGGUUGACUUUUGCUGCAAAAUACCUGCUUGGUAUAUAAAUAGGUUUUACAUUUACCAUGUUGCUUGAAUAAAAAGUUUCCCAGUUGA